AGCGAAGCUUCGGCGCAGCCUUGCCCUGCGCGACCAUUUUCUGCCGGUCCACACCGCUUUGCAUCAUCGCCUCCUCCCCUCCAUCGUUCCAGAAGCGUAUCUCUACUAAGUCCGGAGUUUCAACUCAUCCCUAGCCACUUAUCCAAUUUACACCGCCGGCCGGUGGUAUACACCCUACGAUGCCUUUUGCACAGAUCGUCAUCGGGCCCCCGGGUGCGGGGAAGUCUACAUAUUGCAAUGGAAUGCACCAGUUUAUGUCCGCAAUCGGGCGGAAAUGCUCCGUUGUAAAUUUAGACCCCGCCAACGACCAGACUUCAUAUCCAUGCGCGCUGGAUGUUCGGGACCUUGUGACGCUGGAAGAGAUCAUGGCGGAAGAUACGCUUGGUCCUAACGGCGGGAUCCUCUAUGCGCUGGAGGAGCUCGAAGAGAACGUCGACUGGUUGAAGGAGGGGUUAAAAGAGCUCGGAGAUGAUUACGUCCUUUUCGACUGUCCCGGCCAGGUGGAGCUCUUUACACAUCACUCAUCGCUACGAAAUAUCAUCUUCCAGAUCCAGAAAAUGGGAUACAGACUAGUUGUAAUACACUUAAUAGAUUCAUAUAACCUUACGCUUCCGUCGAUGUAUAUAUCCGCCCUCAUUCUAUCUCUCCGAGCCAUGCUGCAGAUGGACCUACCGCAUCUCAACGUCCUCACCAAGAUCGAUAACCUCUCCAACUACGCACCUCUACCUUUCAACCUCGAUUUCUAUACAGAAGUCCAAGAUCUGACGUAUCUGAUUCCUCACUUGGAAGAGGAGACAUCGCGGUUAUCCCAUGACAAAUUCGGGGCGUUGAAUAAUGCCAUCAUCGAUCUCGUACAGGAGUUCGGGCUUGUUGCGUUCGAAACACUGGCGGUGGAGGACAAGAAGAGCAUGAUGAGUCUGCUACAUGUGAUUGAUCGCGCGAGCGGAUAUGUCUUCGGGUCCGCUGAAGGCGCAAACGAUACCGUGUGGCAAGUCGCCGUCCGGGAGGGUCUGGGCACGAUGGACAUCAGAGACGUGCAGGAGAGAUGGCUCGAUGCGAAGGACGAGUGGGACGAGAAGGAACGAAAAGAGCUGGAAGAGGAAGCAAAAGCCCGCGGAGCAGCAGUUAGAGGCGCCGCUGGGGACGACGACCUUGACGACCUUGAUGAAUUCACCGGACCACUGCCAGAUAGUGGGAUAAAAGUUAUACGGAAAAAUCAAUGAAACGGAAAUUUCAACAUCAUUUUUGAAUAUAUGUACAGUAGUAAAUCUUCGGGUAUCUCCAAUGUAUACAUAGGAACAAUCACAAACUCCCAACACCAACAACAAACACAGAGACCAAAAAAAAAGAACACCCCACAACCCCCUCCUCAUAAUCAAUAAUCAAUCACUCUCAUCCUCCAUACCCAUACCCAAAUCCUCCUCCUCCUCUUCAUCUUCUUCAUCCUCACUCCCCACCAC